AGGGAGAUAACUGCCCCAAGUCAAAGACUGUGGAACUCAACCCGUUUCGCCCAAAGUCCUGCAUUGAGUAUUAUAUUCCCGGUAAGACAACAUGUGGUAUUUACCGCCUCUAUGACCACUAUGGCUAUAGCUAUCCAGUCUACUGUGACUUCACGUCCGAGCCUGGUACUGCGUGGACCCUGGUGAUGUCCUACAGUCAAAAGUUUAGGGGUCUGUCCCAGUUCACCAAGACUCCGUUUAAGUUUGACGCUCCAGUCAACGAAAAUGCUCAAAACUGGAAUGUCUACCGCCUGAGUCUCCGUCGAAUAAAGUCUCUUGCAGCUCACUCUACUCAUUGGCGAGCAACCUGCAGCUACCCAAGCCAUGGCGUCGAUUUCACAGACUACGUUCGAGGCAACUUUAGGGAUUUCAACAUCAUCGACUUUCUUGGGAGUGGCAAGUGCAAGAAGGUGGAGUACGUCAACAUCCGCGGGCACUUCGGCGUACAUACGACAGCCAAAUUCUGGCAGGUGGCAGGUGCUUUAUCCUUGCACAUCGACAGUAGCGCUGCUGGUUGCGAUUUUAAUCCAACGGCUGGCGCAUUGGUAAGUGAAGACAACUUUGGGUUCUAUGCAGUCACCAACCACAAGUUCCGCUGCACUGGAGGAGAAGGUUCGACUACUCAGUGGUGGUUCGGUUCCCAUCUGUAAACAUCCACUCAGGCAAUUGAGAUAGGAAGCUAUGGCUUUCAUCAUUUAAGUUUUGUGAUCUUGUGACACUGAUUUAGAAAAUAGAAUUGACAUAUUCUUUAAUAAGCGAUUAAAUGUAUGAAAACAAUAAAGGUAAAUCUUAUUAUC